AGUCCCAAAAGAGAUGUCAAGAGAAUGUAAUGUAAUUAAUCUACUUAAUGACUUGUACUCGUAUUAAUAGCGUGGUGGUGGUGGUAGUUAGGUUUAAACAAGCUUGGGUUAAUGUGAGUUCGAACCGAGCUUCUAUUCGGGUUCGUUUGAUGUUCGUCAGAGUUGUUCUCAUAUGCGGGUGACUUGUACUGAAGCAGAGGGAAUGAAGACAUCAGCAGCAGAGGUCGUCUUCCUCCACCCCUCGACAAUCUCCAACCUGCUACAAGCUCUCUAGGCAUUUUGCUGCUCCACGAUGAGAUAAGAUAAGAAGACAGCUGCUGCCAUCCCAAGGGACUACCCUACCAUGGACCUACGCCUAAUCCCAGAAUUUGAUGGCGCGCCUCAUGCAGCUGUGGAGUGGCUGAAGAAGCUGGAGCUUGUCUGCAAGUUACAUGGGAUCACUGAGUUGCACACUGUUGUACCGCUACGGCUCAGUGCUGGGGCGUUCUCAGUGUAUCAACAACUAACAAGCUCGGAGAAGGAGGAGUACGAGAAUAUGAAAGCAGCGCUCAUCUCUGUCUUUGCUACUGACAAAUUUUUGGCCUACGAGCAGUUCGUCGCCCGCAAACUACGUGAUGGCGAGCCUGUCGAUGUAUACUUGGCUGACUUACGCCGCCUUGCUGGGCUCUUUGGUGAUAUUCCUGAUGCCGGUCUAAGUUGUGCUUUUGUGGCCGGCCUUCCUGAAGCUGCUCGUCACAGUCUGAGAGCUGGCUGCCGCUUGGAAAGCAUGAAUAUCUGUCAGCUCCUGAAUUGUGCCCGAGCUCUCCUGGCGGACGACAGUCUGGGUGUCGGGUCGCCAACACACGUUUCCUGUCUCAGUCAGCAUGCAGCGGCUUCUGCCUCGUCAGAGGGUGGUGCUGUGCGCUGUCUGCCCUGUAACCAGCCAAAUCACUACGUCUGAGACUGCCUGGCUGGACGUGGUGCACGAAGAGAUGGGCGUGGCAACGUGCGCUGCUACAAUGGGAAGUUUUCAGAACUAGUGGUUAUCACCAGGUGGCAGCACAGACGCAAACUCUUCUCUCACAUACAAGCAGUAUCAGAUAUACCUACAGUGUUAUUCUAUUUACAUGAAGAUGC